GAACUGCACAUGCACCGCACAUUGCUAGUGCAGUGGCAGUUUUCCGCAAGCUAUGACGCGUUUUCCCGCUGUCUCUGGUUCCGAGGAAAACUCGUAAGGUUCCAUCAAAAGUGAAAAUUCAAAAUGGCGCCGACGGCUUUCCAUGGUGCGAAUCAGCCUUAGUUGACGCCCAAAGCUUCGAGCUUUACCCAGUUUCACAGUUCGGAGGACUUAAAUGCCUUGAAGAGGAGCAAGCUGCCUCGUCGUCCACAGACACAAUGAGGGAGGACAUAAUGGAGGAGUCCGAAGUAUCUUCCGCCAGCGAGUUCGACUUGGCGAACAUUCGCGAGGAAGAAUUCGAACUGCACACCACCUACAUCGUUCCAGAUCUUCCCGUGGAACCCGGAACUCCAAAUAGGGCGGAAGCCACUCUUCCCAGGAAUCUUGUCCUCAAGUCUUCUCAGGCAUUAUCAGAUGCCCAGGGCGUGUGGAGUACAGGUUACAUACCAAGAGGCACCAGAUUUGGGCCCCUGGUAGGAGAAAUAUAUGCCAAAGAUGCUGUACCGAGUUCUGCGAACAGGAAGUAUUUCUGGAGGGUCCAACUUAGAGAGGGAUUUUAUACAAAUAGCUGUAUCGACAAGAUAUACAAAGACAAUGAACUCUACUACUAUAUAGACGGUUUCGAUACCUCCAAAGCCAACUGGAUGCGAUACGUGAAUCCAGCUUAUUCUAGUGAAUCUCAAAACUUAAUCGCCUGUCAGUACAAGAUGAACAUUUAUUUCUACACUAUCAAACCAAUUCUGCCCAAUCAGGAGCUUUUGGUCUGGUAUUGUAAGGAGUUUGCUGAACGACUGAACUAUCCGUUGACUGGAGAGCAGAUGCUUCAAAGGAUACGCCAACAAGUACAACAAACCUCGGAAGCCAUCACUGUAAGUACAACAGAGCCGGCGCCUAAGGACGCGCCUCCCUACGAGCACCAACUUACCCCUACUGCAGAGGGUAGCGUGCGCUCUGACGAGGGCUACCACAGCAAUGGGUACCAUGAUGACGCGUUUACGCCUCCAGAAGACUCCAGCGACUCUGAUAGUGAGAAUAACUACGUGCUGGACUUUAGCAAGAAACCCAAUGUUAAAGAGACGCCAGUUAUCAAAGCCGUUGCUACGGAGGCUCAGAAGAACGAGUACAGGAAGGUGAAGAUAAAGAUAACGAAGGCGUACCACUACAAGGCAGCAGCUAAAGGAGAGGAAGAUCACGAGGCUGAAAAAGAGAUGGUCUUGGAAACUACAGUACCUGAAGUAACAACUCUAACAUCCCGAAUCGUCACUCCGCCAGCAACGGUUAUUGUGAUGGAUUCUCCUCCCCAUGAAGUUCCUAAUACCAAGCCGUUCUAUGAACCGGAAGUGAAGACCACCAAUGUAAUCUCAAGGUACUCCCCUCCAGCAUCAAGCAUCCUAGAAAACAUCCUGCUUCGCAACAGGAUCGACACCAACAACAACGACAGCAACAGCCAACAACAUCAGAGGCAACAAUCCAAUGCCACGCCCCCUCCAAGUUCACCUACGGAGAUGGCCUAUUCCUACAAGAAAAGCCAUCGGUACGGGACAGUACCAUGCAGUCCGGAUAGUAGCUCUAACGCGCACGUGCAGAACAUGCUGCCGCCCAGUCCCCCCUUGAUUCAGAAAAGUCUGCCCACGAGUCCGGUGCAUUCCAACGUCUACAUCUCGCACAACAGCAAUGAAGGCUACCACACCACUAACAUCCAACAGACCAACUACUAUAACAUCUACCCCUCUCCUACAGGGAUUGUCCAUAGCACGAUCACUUCUUCCCCCACCCACACAUACUCACCUCCCACAAUGAACUUCAACGGCAACCAUCAUAACGGUAAUUCGAACCUCAUCGUGCCCACCGGACACAUCAUCAACGGGAAUCUCUCCCAUCAUCUUUUAACCCCCCUCCCACCGUUGCAAGUGUCCAAUGGCAGGCUGUCGCCGAGUUCCAAGAGUCCUGACAUGAAAUAUGACAUGAAUCUGUGCUCCAGUAACCCUACUAGUCCCAAUGGAGGUCCCUCUAGAGGUUACAGAAGCCUUCCCUACCCCUUGAAGAAAAAAGACGGCAAGAUGCACUAUGAAUGUAACGUGUGUUGCAAGACCUUUGGCCAAUUGUCCAAUUUGAAGGUUCAUCUAAGGACGCACAGUGGCGAAAGACCCUUCAAAUGCAACGUCUGCACAAAAUCGUUCACUCAACUGGCACAUCUUCAGAAGCACCAUUUGGUGCAUACCGGAGAGAGGCCUCACGAGUGUGGUAUCUGCAAGAAGCGUUUCUCGUCCACUUCGAACCUCAAAACCCACUUGCGGCUCCACAGCGGUCAAAAACCGUACGCGUGCGAUUUUUGCCCCGCGAAGUUCACUCAGUUCGUGCACUUGAAGUUGCAUAAGCGUCUUCACACGAACGAGAGGCCGUACAUCUGCCAAGAGUGCGGAAAGAACUACAUCAGCGCUUCAGGCUUGCGCACGCAUUGGAAGACGACCAGUUGCAAGCCGAACAACAUUGACGAAGAGCUGAGUGGAGAGGGGUCGCCUAAUUGCUACUAUGAGUAUACUGUCACCGGGGAGAACUUUGGUAUGAUGGACCUGAAGGACCCUACGGCGUCCCAGUCCCCCCCACAGCACCUGCAACCGCCCCAUCACCCCGCAGAUCAGUCGCCAACGCAACAGCUGGAGCCCAAAGACCACCACCAGUUCGAAGUACAUCAGCACUCGGUGCUCCACCCUGGGCUGUCGAGGCCAUUGCAGGCGUUGAUACCCGGGGGCGGGGGGCAACAGGGGCGGGCCCCCAAGGAUACGACCCCCCAAAGGCCCACUGUGAUCGAGUCCUCGCAGCCACACAUCAUCGAGUGCACUUAAAUGACUUUGAAGAGUGGUUGCGCGAUGUUCUUUCCUCCUCCUGCUCAUUAGGUUAAAGGGUGUUUUUGGGGUUGAUAGUGGAAAGCGUAGUUCGUUAAACGUGUCGAAAACGAAGCAAAAAGGCUAUACAGAUUGACCAAGAUCUUCAAAUAUAACUAUUUGGUGAUGACCUUACAAAAUGUAGUUGGUUUUUCAAAUCAUUCAAGGUCAAGUCUUUUUCCAAAUAGAAGCAUAUUUCUGCCUUUCCAUUGAUGACCUUGUAUUUGACCUUAAACAUCGUAUGAAGCUCGUAUUUUUUCCAAUAUCUAGGCAACACUAGAAAUUAAUAUUAGGUCUUACCUUUGGAGGUCAUUUGAAGAUCAGAUGUAACAGAACCAAAAUAAUAUAAGGAAUUCAAAAAGCUGAGAAACAACUAAAUCAAUUAAUGGAAGUGAUGAUCUCAUCCGUGCCCAUUUGGAGGUGAAAAUUCCAUUGAUCUUCCAGAUCAUUCAAGGUCAGUCUGAUUUUUCGAAUAUGAGCUCAUAGGCAAACAGCCCAAAAAUGUACUGUUUUAGAUAUAACACUUGGCCUGAAUAAGCCUGAUCAUUGAAGGUUAUUUCAAGGCGGAAAGCAGUUGGUAUCAUGCGCACGAAAUAACCCUGAAGUUGAUUUUCAUGUCAUUUUCUUAUAGGUGACCCUAGAAACCAGUUAACGUUACAUUCAAGUACGACCUUGAAUGAUGUUGAUCUGAUUUUGGAAUGUCCUUGCGAGAUAAGACUAAGGUCCGUAUCGUCAGUCGUCCCUACAAUUGUAGGGCGCGUUUAUGGCCUCCUUGAUUGUCAUACUCCUUUCUCUCCUUCAAAAAUUUCUGGAUUACACUUGUCCCGUGUCAGCGUCAGCGCUCUCCUAUUGUGAAGAUAUGUUUUACUUUUAAAUUGUAGGAAAUUUCAGGCUGAUAAAACAUGAUAUAACUCAAAAGCAAGCACAAUUUGAUGCAAAUAGAUGUUUGUGACAUAACUUCAAAAUAGAGCGCUGACACGGAGAAGUAGAUAACUAUGACAAUCAAGGAGGCCAUAAAGGCGCCCUACAAUUGUAGGGUCGACUGACGAUACGGGCCUAAAGGUGCCAAAUGUCAUACUGGAAUGUGGAAUGCAUCACGUUUGUCAUUUACGAGGUCCAUAUUUGAACCCAAAAGACUUCGAGGUCCAUGUUACUGGACUCAAAAAUAUUAUAGGCAUUCACUUUUGACCUUGAAGUUGGCCUUGCACUUUGGGGCAUUUCAGGGCUCAAAGAAAGGGGAAAGAAAUAGAUACUGGAGGUUGAAAAAUAAGAAUAACCCAUCAAAUUCCAAAAUCAUACCAAAAAAGAAAUUUUGCUUCCUCAGUGACAUCAGUAUCCUAUAGUUUAAUACCCUUUCUACAGAAUCCCCAACAACACUCGUACGUUUAGGCUAUGUUGUUAAGUUUUUAAUAUUUAUUUAUUGAUGGUUUGAUAUAUUUUUGCGCUACAUCCGGGAGAAAAAAAAACACAUCACACUUGAUAGUAGUUGAGAAACUAUCUUUCAAAAAGUGGUAGGUUCUUUAUAACCGCUCUCCAGUGCUUGAAUUGAGCGUCUUGAAAGCAAAGCUUUGUGAUAUAAGGUUUUUGGAGAAUUCAAAAAUGAAUACUUAUGGAGAAUCUCAAAUUGGACUGAUAACUCCUAGGCUGUAGCGCAUAGUACUGAAGAAAAAGUCAUGUCACAUAUAUAAUUUUUCUAAAGAUACUCAUUGCUACUGUUGAGAUAUACUUUAAUUUAUUAGUAUUUAUUGAUAGUUACAAAGAUGGAAUAAUUUACGGAUUAUUUAUCCGAAAUUUAAAUUUACAUUUUUAGACUGAUUGUGAACAAGCAAUAUAUACUCACGGAUUACACAAAUCUCUGUGUAACUUGAGUGUGCGGAUAUAAAAUGCUGUUAGAGCUGUUCAAAUUUAGGAAAGAGCCAUAAGUAUAAUAUGCUGUUUCCAUAUUACGUACUUUGCCUUUCAUUUUGAUGUAAUUAUUUCAAUCACCUUUGCAUAUACCUGUUUCCAUGUAUUUCAUCAGUAUUGGCACAAACUAGUUACUAUGAAUAUCCUACAGUAGUACCUCAAUGCAAAAAUAUAAGCUACAAUUUAUUUAAUACACGAUACGUAAUAGAUAUAAACCUUUUGGAUUCUUAUAGACUUCAGUACGCUGAAUUUCAUCAAGGAAAAACCUUGCACCGGUGUGUAUGGGAACGUUUCAAGUUAGGUAGCAUACUGCUAUAUAAUAUACAAGGUGGUUCAGAAAAACAACAAUAUUAGAAAUUUCCAAUCAUCUAUUUCGAAAGAUCGCCGAGCUCGUUGAUUAGCUAAGGAUUUUUUUUUAAGUUCUGUAUGCCACCUGGGCUCUAACGUUGACCGAUUUCGAGAUAAAGCGGUUCUUUUUCAGAAAGACCCUAAAGAGUGACAUCCAAUUGCUGACAGCGCGGUUAAAAAUUACUAUUAUUAAAGUUAUCAAGUGUCUAAAUACAAACUCAAAUCUAUCCCCUCCGCCCACACGAAUCCGAAGAGUAUUUUGAGCUUAGUUUUUUAAUGUACUUUUUUUAGUCUUGUUUAAUAUGCCAACGAGAAGCGAACUUUUGAUUUGCGCACACUGCAUAUCCAAAAAUAACAAAAAAGUUUCCCCAAAGACUCCAAAAUGUCCCCUCACCAAGAUACCGAGUACUGUAUUUUACAGUGCAUUGAUGUGAAGAGUGGGUCGAAGUCCUUUACACUGAUUUUAUCUUAAACAUUCAAAGCAAUUUUUCUUUGAAAAAAAAAUCUCAAUAGAGAUGUUUCAUGUGAGGUUGAAUACAUUUUUCUUUAAUGCAGUACAUGUUUCAAAAAAGUCCGUGACGUAGAGAUUAGUAAAUAGUUAGUACUACAUAUACGAAAUUUUAAGUCAAUACAUUUUUUUUGAUUUGGAGGAGCUUUUCUACCUUAUGAUUUUCUGAAUCACCCUGUAUAAUUUUGCAACGUUUUUGUUUUUAUCGACAUAUGUUAUUAUAGAGUUUUAGUAACCGAGAAUAGCGCAUACGUAAGCUUUGAUGUUGACAGAUAAGUCAUGGAUAGAGAGAUACUUUAUUGGUUCCAUUUGAUCAUUUAAAAAUGAAGUAGGAUAGAUCAUGACAUAUACAUAGAUACAAUUUACACUUCACUAAGCAUAGGAAAACACAACCUUGCAUUGUUUGUCGUAUAGAAAAAUGACAGAUGUACAAUGACUAAGGCAUGAUAUAAGAAGACAAUUAUAAUUUACCAUCAUGAUACUUGAGGUCUUCAUUAACGUUUAGGUAUGUGGUAUUUGUGAAUGCCAAAACUCUCUAUUUUCAAACCUAAAUUUCCCACAAUUUUUGACUAUACGUAUCGUGUAUAAAUGUAACCAAAACUAGCUACAGAGUGCGUGGCUAAUUCCUAUAACUAUUUUUAUACAUAUUUUUUACAGUUGUCGACAAAAAAUCUAUUUGUAGUAACUAUUUGUGUUCUUGAAUCACACAUAUUGCAUGUAAUUUAACGUGAAUAUACCACGAAAAUUAUUGCUAAUAUUUAUACAUACAUAAAUUAUGGUGCUUAUGUCUUCAAAUACCUACAUAACUUUAAGCCUAUGUAUUUUUUCGUGCUUCAAAACAGCAAAGAGAGUUUUUUCCAAAUCGCAGUCAAGAAAGGUCAGAAUUUAGUCGAUAUUCUUUGAAACUCAUAUUUUGUAUUAUUUCCCAAACCAACAUUCAAAAACGCUGUUAAAAAUGUCUAAAAAGUCCCGAAUCAAUCUAUAUAGGCACAAAGUUCAAAAUAUUAGAAACGCUGCCGUCAUGGGCGCUCAUUAGGGGGUAAGGGAAGCAUAUGCCCCCCAUGGUUUCCGCUUGAGAAGUAAAAUAUACCUAAUAUGGUACCAGUUUCUUAAGCAACAAGUGGCGUGGUAUUUUUUGGUUUUAAAAAAACAUUCGUGAAAAUUAUCUUGCUAGAUCUGAAUUGUGGACGUGUCCACAGUCAGUCCCAUAAAGCAAGUAACAUGUACAUUUUUGAAAACUGUAAAGUGUUCGAGGAAUCUCAGGACACCUCAAUUUUCGAAGAAGUCCACCAAGCUGUUUGGGCUGUAACCAGUGAAAUAGAAAUCUGAAAGUUGAAGUUUACGUUUGAAAUCCGCCAUCUUUAUUUAUUUACACCCAGUGUUACUUACACUGUCACGACAAAUCUAAAGAAACUUCAUAUGUAGGCAUUUGAGCCCGCAGAGUAAGAACUUCAAUUUUGAAACAUUCGACUAAAAUCCAUCAUUUUGUUUUAUGAAAUUUUAGUAUUCCCAGACUCACUCGCGUUCUCAAGACCCCUCUCGAGAUGGAAAUCUUGUUAUCUCGGCGCCCAUGACUGGUGCUUAGCGAGAUGUUAUUGCCCAUUAGAUUUUUGACCACAUAAACAGCUUGAGAACAUGGUAGAUUCUUUCUUGACUGUCAAAUAUCUGCUUGCAAUUUAUGAAAGAUCAGUAUUAAUUUCAAAUGUUGAAAAUGCAUUGUCAUAUUUUUCAUGUGAAAAAUAUUUUUGUAUGUUUAUUCUCUGUAUAUAACUACAUACGUUCAGGUACCUACUUGACAACUGUGUAAAUUUCUGUAAAGAUUUCUUGUAAAUUUUUGUUGUGGUCAUCACCACACUUGCCUUUCUGUAUAUAAAAGAUGAUUUAUUUAUUUUUUGAGGUCUUUUUGUUCAUUUUUUCAUUGUAAUGGCAUCAAUCGGUUUUGCAUAAAGAGGAACAGGUAUCUAUAUUACUGCAAAAAUAUUUGUCUUAAGCAUCAUUGUACUAUAUUAGCAAGCCUGCAAAGAGCAACAUCUUCCAAAAAGUCAGCCUCCUUUUUUUAAUACUUAUGAUCUGUAAUAAAUAUGCAACUAUAAAUAUGAAGUAACAUUUUAAAUACUGACCCAUAUUACAUCACAUAUAUUUUUCAUAUUCAAGAUUGACAAAGAUUAUUAUGCGUGGUGGAGGUGCUUAAGACAAAUUAUUUUUGAACCAGGAAGUUAUUUUGUUACAAAAUGUUCAAGCAAUAGUAUAAUACAGUUAUUAGUUAGUAUGUACUAUGUACAAAUGUUCUGUUUUUUUUGUUGAUUAAUUAUAAUAAGUUAUUUAUUUCUUUUUCCAUAAGCAUACUACAGACUUAUAAGAUCUUUUCCAGCAAAAAUGUCGCACUCGUAUUUUGUAAUAACAUAUAUGGUGGGUACCUUGUCCUUUCAUUUUUGUAACAAAGGUAUGGUUUACAGUUUCUUCCUCAUAGAUCAAGUUAGUGUUAGAGAAAUUUUCGCUAUUUACAUCAAUUUUUUUUUUCGGUCGAAUGUUUAUCUCUGUUCCCUGAUUCCAAAAGUAUUUUGGUAUAUUCCAUGCAUGUAAAAAUGUUCAUAC